AAAGGAUGAGGAUGAUUCACCAUCAGAAGUAGGGAGGAUCCAUGUCCGCAACACCUGAUAUAAACAGAUCCUGCAUUUUCUUUGUGAUUUCCUAAUAUUUUUGAGAAACAUGACGUUUUAUUAAAUGUAUAAUUUACUUUGGACAAUAUUGUUUCUUUGUAGUGUUUCUAGUUAAUUUUUUCAUUGUAGCCUGCACCUUCAGACAAAUUGGUCAGUGAUGGAACACAUGCCAAAGGUAACGAGGCUACUACAAAUGACAAAUCAUAACCUGGCUUUAAGUGCAACUUCCCUGAAUGAAAUAUAUGUUGUAGGCUACAUGCACUGUCCUUUAGGAGCCUAUCACCUUUAUUCUGAUGCAAAUAGAGGGGGUACAGUCUCUCCACAUUUAGCCAAAAGCGCUAGUGCGGUUGUGUGUUUAUUUAUAACGAAGAAUGGAAAACGGAAAGCAAACCUUGACAGGGCAUAGUCGUUCUCUGACAGUUAAAGUCUUAAUGAUUAACGUUAAAGGCUACCGUUAUCCAACAGUUGUAGCAUAUUAGGCUACAUGCAGAAAUGGGGUGUUGGCGCCGGGGGUGUUACAUUUGGGCUGCGUUGAUCUUCGUAAUUCCAACAUUUUACGUUUACUUUUAUUCAGGGCCUAGUAUUUUUACAGCGGUCGUUUAUAUGCAUUUAUUAGUGCGAACUAUAUAGGCCCAUUGACUGAUGUAGCCUGACAAAGCUGUCUCAGUGAAGAAAUCAUCAGCUACUGCAAAGCGGUUGAGUGGAGCUAAAGCUGGAGUCGUUCCUCAUCAACAUGUUCAUAGGCCAUGUAGUCAUGUCUCUGUUGUUAAUAAGUACUCUCUUUUAAAAACAAUCUCCAUAAUAUGGAUUUGCCUCCUCUUUUUCAUUCAGUGUUAUUUAAUUGUACAAGGAAUGGUAUGUAUUUAUACAGUAUUGAGGAAGAUGCCUGUAAUGCAGUUUGUUGUUCACUAGAAGGUAUGUGUCCAUUCAUUAUUUUGGUAGUUUUACAUCACACAAAUGUCACAUGACACUGUUGGAGGAAACUUUUAUUACAAUAAGAUGGCAGUCCAAUUCUAGCCUGCUCUGCCAAACCUAUGAACAGCAUUAGUGGUUUGGAAUUGUUGGGCUAGUGGCCUAAGUAAUGAGUGAUCAUCCAGUCUAAUGAAAAAUAUUUGAAUGGCUCUCCUCUCAAAAACUAGGAAUGCUGGGGUGCAAAGGUAUAGUUUAUUAUUAUUAUUAUUAUUAUUAUUAUUUAAGCUAGUUGGCUUUCCAGUCAAGACAUAUUAGAAUGAAAAUGCCUGGGACUGACUCUGAAAUCAGCUAUUCAUAUUUCAACAUAUGACUCAUAAGGGCCUGGCUAAAGUGAGCGAUAUGCAGCCAUGGCCUUUGGCAUCUCUAGUUGUCUAUCUACUCCACACAUAUGUUUUAACAUCGGUAUUCUGCAUGCUAUUUGUCUGGGUUUGUAAUAAUAUUGCUGUUGUUACAUUUUAAUUACUAUAAUUACUUAAUGUCAUAUUAUUUUGUAUUUCAGAUCUUUAACAUUUUCCUUGCGGACAAAGCGUUUUGCAGGAAACCUUUAUCUGGUACAUUGCAGUUAACAAGAACACACAGUGUUCUUACUGAGGAUGCAUCAGGGCUUCGUAAAGAAACAUGGAUCUUGCACAGUUUAGUGUGUCUGGUGGAGAGGCAGCCCCCCAUGGACAGUGGUCACCCACUACGGGUUCACUGCAAGAACUUUCAGGUCCUUCAGCUCAUCAUCCCCCAGGAGACAGACUGCCAUGAAGUGCACAUGUCCCUCUUACGCCUCUCUCAACCAGAGCGAUAUGAAGACCUCUACUGUUUCUCCUACAACCCCAAGUCAGACAAAGAUGAAAGCACCUGCAAGUGGAACUUUAUAGAUGCCAAAGCUGAUUACCAUCGAAUGAAAAUUCCUAAUCAACUAUGGCAAACCACCUCCACUAAUCAAGAUUACAGAGUGUGUGAAACUUAUCCAGCUGACCUCUAUGUGCCCAAAUCAGCCACCCUACCAGUUAUCGUUGGGAGCUCAAAGUUUCGAAGCAGAGGUCGUUUUCCCACGCUUUCCUACUACUGCAAAGAAACCCAUGCUGCCCUCUGCCGCAGUAGCCAGCCGCUGUCGGGCUUCAGUGCCCGCUGCCUGGAGGAUGAGCAGAUGCUGGAGGCCAUCAUGAAGUCCAACCCUGGCAGCCAGUUCAUGUACGUGGUGGACACAAGACCAAAGUUGAAUGCAAUGGCAAACCGGGCAGCAGGAAAAGGCUAUGAGAAUGAGGACAACUAUGCUAACAUCAGGUUUCAGUUCAUGGGUAUCGAGAACAUCCAUGUGAUGCGAAACAGUCAGCAAAAGCUACUGGAAGUGUCUGAGCUUCAAUCUCCUUCCAUUGCGGAUUUUCUCUUGGGCCUUGAGAAUUCGGGGUGGUUGAAACACAUUAAAGCUAUCCUGCUUGCUGGUGUCUUCAUAGCCAAGGCCGUGGCAGUGGAAGGUGUAAGUGUCCUGGUCCACUGUUCAGAUGGUUGGGACAGGACAGCUCAAGUGUGCUCUGUGGCCAGUGUCCUUCUAGACCCCUUCUAUAGGACACUGAAAGGAUUCAUGGUGCUGAUUGAAAAAGACUGGGUCUCUUUUGGACACAAAUUUUCCCACAGAUGUAGUCACAUCAAUGGUGAUCCCAAAGAAGUUGCACCAGUCAUUGACCAGUUCCUGGAGGUGGUGUGGCAGCUGAUGGAGCAGUUCCCCUGUGCCUUUGAGUACAACGAGAGGUUCCUCAUCUCUCUUCAUCAUCACAUCUACGCCAGUAACUAUGGUAACUUCAUCUGCAACAGCCAGAAGGAGAGAAGAGAUGAAAGAAUUCAGCAGAAGACUCACUCCAUUUGGCCUUACCUCUGGGAGAACAAGUGCGAAUUCAUGAAUCCCCUCUACAGGCCAGACCGCAGCCAGUCUCAGGGAGUUCUGUCGCCAAAUACUGCCCCCUACUGCUUCAAGUUCUGGAGGGGCUUGUACAAUCGCUUUGAUAAGGGAGUUCACCCACGCCAGUCUGUGCUUGAUUGCCUGAUGGCCAUUAGAGAGGAAUCCCAACAAUUGGAAGAAGAGCUGAUUCUCCAUGGACAGAAAAUUGCAAAGUUGGAGAAGGAGCGAGGCACUUCCAUGAAGAGGCAUUCGGUUGUGAGCAGCACAGACAUCUGGGCUCAGUCGGACCUAGACCUAGAUCACUUGUGUGGCAGCAUGCGUGCACUUCCUCUCAUCAGCUUUGGUCAGCAGAGGGGGUCAGAUGGCGCACUGUUGGUCCGGCCAAGGAACACCAACAAAGGGUCUGAUCUGGACCUGUCUGGCAGCAGUGACCAGGAGUCAGGGGUGGGUGACCUAAACUGCCGAUUGUCCAGUGGCAGCGAGUCACUACCAAGUGAGGACAUCAUCAAGAACCCAGAUUUGGCUGAAGCAAUUUAUUCUGUUGCCUAAAUCCACUGUAUGAAUGGCGGAGUUGGCGUGGCGUAUUUCUGCAAUCAUUUUCAAUUGCCAGCACAGUAACGGGCCAUUUGAAUUGUUUAAUAUUAUUUCAAGGUAUAGUAAUUAUAUCAUUGUGAACUGUGUUGGUAAUGUUAAUUGAAGGUUUCUCGUGUAAAAUGUUCUGCACACAGACCAGUGCAUGUUCCACAAUUAAAUGAUAUGCAAACAAAA